GAGGAGGUGACACAGCAGCAGUAGGAUAACUCUACAAUCAGAUUUUCUCAGAGGACUCCAUGAAUCGUCUUGGAGGAACAGAGACUCUCUUGGAACGCUUCAUGUAAAAACUUCAAGGAAACAAGCAGAUAGAGGAUUUGGACUUCCUGUACAGGUCUUAAAAAGGAAUCACAAUAUGAGGGGUCUCUCUGCUCUAUUUCUGCAGAUGCUUCUGAAUCAAGUAUGGUCAGCGCCAAGGUCAACGCAAGAGAGCAGACCACAAAAGUCAGAAGAUGCCGUGAUGAGCAAUCCAUUUUCUUUAGGAACAGAACAACUUGUGCUUUUACAAGGAUACCUGAAUAUUAUUAAUCCUUCUCAGGAGCCAAGAGAUCUUCCAAGAUAUAAAGCCAUCCUCCAUCUUUUCCUGAUUCAUGACUACGACAAAAGUGGUCAUCUUGACGGUCUGGAACUAAUUCAGCUGCUGCGUGGGAUCCUGGCGCAGAAUCUCCAGAGCAAAGCUUCUGUGGAACAAGUCAUUCCCCUGGUAGACGAAGUUCUGGAGAAACAAGACCUUGACAGGGAUGGACUACUCAGUGCCCAUGAGAUGGUGACAGCAUCGGUUUAUGAAUCAUCUAUUCUGCUUGUAAAGGAGCAGUCUCAUGACAAUCUGCAUGUAGUUGUGCCACCCCCUGAUGGAGUUCAUAUAAAACUAAACUCAGGGAUUGUGGAGACAAAUGAUAAAACAAAAGAGGAACCUGUUGCUGGAGGUCAUGGACUUCCUGAUGCAGAAGCUUUAGAAUCUGGAGUAGCUAAUGAUUCUCCUGGUAAUGAUACAGAGGAAUUACAUGAGAUAAGCCGGAAAGUUCCUGGACAGGAAACUGAUGAUAUGAGUGAUGAGACUGACCAUCAGAAUGACGCAGGGACAAAUGAGCAAGAAGAAGAGGAAGAAGACAUUGAUGUAGCAGAUGUGAUUUUGGACCAGAUGUAGACUUUUCUUUUCUUCUAGGUACUAAUAGACCAGUUCUCAAUAGCCAGUAACAGUCCAGGAUAGACUUAAGCCUCUCCUGUUAGCGUCUCUGUAAGACUAGAGCUGUGAGACCUGAGCAAAUCAACAGAAAAAGAGAAACAAAGCUGGACCUGAAACUUAAUAAAAACCCAUAUUAGUUUGCAUCAGUGUCUCCUGCACGUGACAAGGCUACUGGUGUUUUGACUAAUGUGGCUUCAGGUAUUGCAUGAUGACAAUCUGAUGUAACUAGAACCGGGGGCUAAAAACAGAAUUGAAAUGAAGAUAAUGAAGGCAUGGGGGUGCGGUGUAUUGAUUUGGAUAAUAAAGAAACAAAAUGGCAGAUUUAAA